ACCGGGGCUGCAACCCCAGCCCGAGUCGACCCCGGGGGGCGCUGGGGAGAGUGCCUGCCUCCGGCAGAAACAGUACCCGGAGUCUCCAGGAGAACCCCAACGUACCUGCGCUACUCGUACCUGAAAGUGGCGAGGGCCACCUCCCGAAGCCAGCGCUGGCAGUCGUGCUGGCGGCGAUCCGAGGCUCAGGUGCCCAGUGACGCCUCUCAUAAAAACAACAACCUGCUUCACAGGCUCCUGCUGCUGAGGGGACAGAAGCGACCGGCGGUGGCGCCGAAGAGCAUACUGGGACUUGUAGUCCCCCUUCAAUCCGUCUUUGAGGGAAGGUGGAGUCGAAGAACUACUAUUCCCAUAGAGCAAUGCGGCCUCGCCGUUGGGCGACAUCAGGAAGCCCCGGCUCGCCCAGAGAGUCAGCUGUGCGAUCACAACAUCCGGGUCUUAGCGAAGCUUCCUGUUUUGAAUGAACUGGAUUGUCCCACCAAGUCUAAAGCAGAUAUAGAAAAGAAAAUUACUUCACCUAAGAAGAAAUUGCCUCCAAAGAAGCAACCAAAACCCUUAGACCUUCCUCCCUGUGUAAAUCCAGGCAAUCCUGUAUUUUCCUGUAUGUUGGAUCCACCUACUCUCCAAACAUGUACUACAUUGUCAAAACCUCAGAUGAUCAUGUAUAAAACAACUUCAGGGGGUUAUGGUGAAAUAACACCUAUACCACCAUUUCUUCCUUGCAACUUUUUCCCAAAAAGUAAUACAUUUACAAAUCACCUUAAACUGACUGGAAUGUUUCAGAAUAAUUAUCUGAACACUGUUCUUGACAGAGGCAGAGUCAUUGACUUUCCAAAUUUUCAACACACUCUAUGAAAAUACUAUUUGUAUUUAUGGGGAAAUUUUCACUUUGGAAAAAUAAGCAUUUAAUGUUAGGGCUAAAAGUCAUUCAUGUAACAAAAAUAUUUGGACCACAUUGAAGAUACUUUAAAUGAAUAAUCCAGGUAGUUAAGGUAAUUGUCUUCUUACCUGAAUGACAGAUCUUUAAUUUUAAUGUUUCUCACCCAACUCCUGUGGAAUAUUAGAAAUAGCAGUUACCUCAAAAUUGGUGAAGUAAAAAAAUAAAAUAAAUUAAAUUUGUUA